CGCACCACGUGAGCGCAGAGAGGACACCAGGGACUCUGGCCCUGCGCCCCAACCUCAAGGGGCACAUGGCUCCCCGGCCAUUGCUGGACCAGAUCCAGAUGCCAUGGCUCUUGGAGAUGGGAAGCAAAACAUGAUGGAAACAGAAGCCUCCUAUCGAAGGGACACAUUUGACCCAGAAGAGGAGUACAAAAUGGACCACAGGAGGAGAGGGAUCGCCUUGAUCUUCAAUCACAACGAGUUCUCUGAGGAGUUAAAGCUGGAAAAGAGACGGGGCACCAAUGCAGACAAGGAGGGGCUCACCCGCAGGUUGAAAGGGCUAGGCUUCGAAGUGAAGUGCUUUGACAACCUUAAAGCAGAAGAACUACUGCUCAAAAUUCAUGAGGCGUCCACCUGCAGCCACGCAGAUGCCGAUUGCUUCAUGUGUGUCUUCCUGAGCCAUGGCAAAGACAAUGAUAUUUAUGCCAGUGAUGCCAAAAUUGAAAUCCAGACAUUAACUGCCUUGUUCAAAGGAGACAAAUGUCCAACCCUGGUUGGAAAACCCAAGAUAUUCAUCAUUCAGGCCUGUCGGGGAGUUGAAUAUGAUGAGCCUGUCCUCCCACUGGAUGCAGUGGAUAGUGAGACAGGAGGGCAGGACAGCAACAUGAUGGAGGUGGACGCGGCCUCGGUCUACACCUUGCCUGCUGGAGCUGACUUCCUCAUGUGCUACUCUGUGGCCGAAGGAUAUUUUUCCUUCCGGGAUCCUAACAAUGGCUCAUGGUACAUUCAGGAUUUGUGUGAAAUGUUGGGAAAAUACGGCUCCUCCUUGGAGUUCACAGAACUCCUCACGCUGGUGAACAGGAAAGUCUCACAGCGCCGGGUGAACAUCUCCAGAAACCGAAAUGCCAUCGGGAAGAAGCAGAUCCCCUGCUUUGCAUCGAUGCUAACUAAGAAGCUGCACUUCUAUCCCAAAGCAAGCAACUAGGGGCUGAUUUAGUCAUGAUGUGUGUCCAAAAUGAUUCCCAUUCUGCACCAGCAAUUGAGAUUUUUAAGAUUUAGUAUUCAACAAAAAACUUCACUUGUGUUUAGCUCAGGGUGGAUAUGGAUUUAAGAAUUUGAUAUGUAUGGAAACAAAAA